GGAGAUUCUCGCAACAAAAUUGCGUUUUAAGGUUUUUAUCACGAAUUUUUUGUUAAUUUUUCCAUUUUUAACAGAAAUCUCAUCGAAAAUUGCUGCAAAAAGGUCUUUUUUAUCAAUUAAUUGUAAAAAUCAGAAUCGAUUCUCAUGAAAAAAUGGCACAAAUUUCGCAAUUAGGACAAUUUGUCUCGAACGCUUUGGAAGUUGUAGAGUUCAAAUUACUUCGCGAUGGGCAAGCAAUUGAAGACGCCGAAUCAUUCCAUCCGGAUAUGGCUCAUCAAAUUUUUGGCGAAAAAGAGAACAUUUUCGGCUAUAAAGACCUCAAAAUUCAACUUUUCUAUGCUGCCGGUCCCUUUGAUGUUUGUUUACAGCAAUCUUAUAGCAAAAAAAUCGACGAUUUGAAGUUGGAUGGCAUGAAAGCCGACGAAAUUGAGGCUCCGAUCGCCGAAUUGAUGCCUGGCGGAUGCAUUUUUACGAAUUUGGAGGAGUUCAAGACACAAAUCGCGAAGAAAACUGCCGAAUUUAAGCCGAUGGGCGACAAAGUGAUGGAUUUUACGUUGAAAAAUGACUCGCCCGGAGGUCCGGCGCCGCGUGAAUUCGUCAUUCACAGAUGCACAUUGGAAACGCCGGGCUUUGUAAAGUUCCAUGCAAAGUUGGAGUCGAUUAUUUUCUGGUUUGUCGAUGCUGCGAGUCACAUUGUGCACGAUCAUCAAUGGGAUUUCUUCUUGGUUUUUGAGAAAUACAAAAAUCCAAAGGGCGAGGAGCGUUUUGCGACAGUCGGUUUUACUUCGGUGUACAAAUUUUACUCGUAUCCCGAGAAAAUUCGACCGCGCAUCAGUCAAAUGAUGAUUUUGCCGCCCUUUCAACGUCUCGGCAUCGGCAGCAAACUCAUCGAAUCGUUGUAUUCGUAUUACGGAGCAGAGGAAAAUGUCACCGAUAUCACAGUUGAGGAGCCUUCCGAUAUUUUUCAGAACAUGCGAUCGGCUGUCGAUGCAAAAUUAUGCAAAAAUCUUGCGUCAUUCGCGCCCGAGAAGCUCAAACAGGGCCUGAGCAAGGAAAUGUUGGAAGAAGCAAAAGCCAAAUACAAAAUUAAUCCGAAGCAGUGUCGGGUUGUUUACGAAAUUCUUCGUUUGGGAGCCACAGAUCGCUCGAAUCCGCAAGAAUACAAGGAAUAUCGGUUGGAAAUCAAGAAGCGGCUUAAUAUGUUUUACGCGAAGCAAAAGAGAGAUCUGGCACGGGCGGAAAAAAGAGGAGUGAAUGUCGCAAAUGCGAGAGCAAUGUUGCCGUCGGAGGAACAACACAUCGAGCAAUUGCAAUUGGAAUAUAAGGCGAUCGAGGAAAUGUAUUCGGAGAUUUUGAAAAAAGUCAAUCAGCAAGUCUAAGAGACUUUUUUUUCGGGAAAUUUCAUUACGUACUUCAUUCAUUCAUUGUUUUUAUUUUUGUUUCAUUCAAUAAAAAAAAAUUAAUUUUUGUAA